GGGUUUCUCGUAAAGUAAAACACUCGCACCUCUUAUAGCCUGGGCGGAGAUUGCGCAGCCUUAAGAGAUGCUACGUCAGCGUGCUGCAGACGGGAAGUGCACGCGCGUAAUAAUUGGCUUUUUGCGCGGCGCAAGACCAACCAGAACCAACAAUGUUUCACCUUUCGCUCGCUCUCGUCUGGCCUGGCCUGUUGCUGUUUUCGCUUGCUGUGCAAUGUUCUUGCUCAAGAUGGUCAAAGGUGGGAUAGACAGGCAGUUACAUUGUCAAUCGACUCAGGGCUGCCCGUGCAAUGGAAGGAUGGGCGGUGUCGAAUGAAGGAAUUGUGAGUAACCCGCGCCUCCAAUGUCCGUGAGAUGGAAAUCCGGUUUGCAUGUUGCGACAAUACGAUGGCCCGCAUGUCAUGUGCAGAGCCGACAUGCGCGCGGUGUUCGCAACUCGUCCCUUCCCCAAGUUUUAAGGUUUCAGCAGAUCCCAAAGCUUGUUUCGCGCGCGCGACCACCCGCGUCACAGCUCAGGCACCAACCUCUCGCGUUCCAUUUCCCCCACCUCCUCUCCUCCUCAUUCCCUCACCCACUUCUUCCCUUGUUCUCGCAGCUCUUCCUCACAUCCCCUGCCAAACCACUGACAUCGCACAAAAUGCCUCCCAAGAAGGCGACCGCGACUAAGAAAGCUGCCGCAACGACCGCGGCGGGAAACCGACCGAAGCGCGCAACGGCCCCUGUCGCAGAGAAGCAGGCAGACACGAAGACCAGCGGCGCAGCUGCCAACACCGGCAAGAAGCGCGGCCGCCCAGCCAAAGCAUCAGAGGACGUCGACAUUGCAGAGCCUCCCAGGAAGCGCGGCCGCCCAGCCAAAGCGUCAGAGAAUGUCGACGUUACCGAACCUCCCAGAAAGCGUGGUCGCCCCAGCAAGGCCUCCAAGCCCGCUACUCCCGCUGCCUCCUCAGCUCCCGCGGAGAAACGCGGCAGACCGGCGAAGAAAGAAGCUCCCGCUGUGUCAAAGACCGAUGCUCCUCCACCCAAGAAGCGUGGCAGACCUCCCAAGGGCGGAGAAACGACCAAGAUCGAUACCGACGACCAGGCCGCAGCUGAGCAGUUGGAGGAGGAGCUUGUGGAUGCCGUGGAAGAACCGAAAGCCCCUGCCAAGCGAGGCCAAGGCCGCCCACCGAAGAAGGCCGGCGGCAAGAAAGCUGCUGCGAUUGCCAAUGAUGAGGACAGUGACAUGGCAGAUGGUGUGCAUGAGACCGCCGUUGGCACGCAAUAUUGGCUGAUGAAGGCCGAGCAGGAGGAUCGUGAGGAAGUGUUGAAAGACGGCAGCGUCUACAACACCAAGUUCACCAUCGACGAUCUACGCGACAAGGCCGGCCCCGAGCCGUGGGACGGUGUGCGCAAUCCCACCGCCUGCAAAAACAUGCGCGAGAUGAAGCUCGGUGACCUUGCCUUCUUCUACGCUAGUGGCGGCAAGAAAGGCAGAGUGCCCGGCAUCGUUGGCAUCAUGGAGGUUGUGAAGGAGCACCAGGCCGAUCCCAGCGCAUUCGACGAAAAGUCCCUGUACUACGUGGAAGACGAGAAGAAGCGCGGGACGUUGGAGAAGCCGCGUUGGAGCAUGGUGCACGUGGAGUUUCGGAAGAAGUUGAGCACACCAGUCACGCUCCAGGAGCUCAAGACGUUCGCGGAAAAGGGUAGCGUCCUUUCCGAAAUGCAAGAGUUCACGGCGGCGCGCCUGAGCGUGUCCAAAGUCUCGACGAAGGAGUGGAACUUCAUCGUCAACGAGCUCAUCGAGGGGUACGAAACAGGUACCGAGGAAAGAGGGCCCGCGGGAACAGUCGAGAUCACCAGAGACGAGACGACCGUUGUGGAGACUAUCGAAGCCGCGGAUACUGACAUCACCGCCAAUGACGCCGCCGCCCCCUUUGACACGGAAUCGAAGAAGCCGGCGUCUCGUGCAGGGUCGACAAAGGCCGCGUCGCGUGCUGGGUCUACGAAAUCACGUACUGGCUCCGCGAACCCCCUUGGUCCUGCAUCCGUGGGGAGGGGUGGCCGUCAUCGAAACGCGAAGGGGAUAGUUGUAGCAGGCCUGGCGGCGGUCGACGAGGAGGAGGGCUAGCAGGCGUGCUUGCUCGAAGCCGUCACACCUCCCUCUGCGUGGGCAAUGGUUAAAGGCCAAAGCGUGAAAGCGUGGCGCUGGUUCACAGGAAAGGCAGU